UAUGUGCUUGUACUUUUUGGACCUGCUUCAGUACGAACACUUCAGACGAGAAGUAGUGAAUGCUCAGUGUGCCAAGUUUAUCGAUGAUCAGCAAGUUCUACUUUGGCAGCAUUAUACGCGGAGACGCACUAGAAUGCUGACAGAACCCAUGCCAACCAGUUCUGUUACAUCUCAUGCCCUGAGUGCCACGACAACCACAAAUAGCUCAUCCACCAACGGACUUCCUCCAGUCACCAAAAACUCCUCCUAGGAACAUAUUCUUAAACAUUCCUAUUGAUAAAUUUUAAUUAUGAGCUUCAAACGAGGUGCUCUUAUCGUGCUUGAAGGCUGUGAUAGAAGUGGAAAAAGCACACAGUGCAAAAGGCUAGUUGAAGCUCUUAAUAACAAAGGCAUUCCUUCUCAGCUGAUGCGUUUUCCUGAUAGAUCAACUGCAAUAGGGAAAAUAAUCAACGAGUAUUUGACAAACAAAGCAGAGCUCUCGGACAAGGCUGUACAUCUCUUAUUCUCUGCAAAUCGAUGGGAACUUGAACCAACAAUGCGCAAACUUCUUCAAGAGGGCACAACACUGGUGAUUGAUAGAUAUUCAUAUUCUGGAGUCGCCUUUUCUGGUGCAAAGAAGAACAUGAGUUUUGAAUGGUGUUUACAGCCUGAAACAGGUUUACCAAAGCCGGACUUAGUGUUCUUACUCUCUUUGAAACCAGAAGCUCUCGAGAAGCGAGGAGGUUUUGGCAAUGAGAGGUAUGAAGAUACUGAAAUGCAGAAGAGAGUAGCAGAAAAUUUCCGCUCCUUACAGAAAGAAUACUGGAAAGAAAUAGAUGCAGACAAAAGUGUUGAGGCUUUAACAGAAGAAUUGUUGGACAGUACUCUAACCGUCAUCAAUGAAGUGAAAUUCGCCCCUUUGAAAACUCUUUGGUCUUGAAUAUUAUCGUACAAACUUAAAUUAAAAUUUUAAAUACGAUGCUUUAAUCUAAGGUCACUCUUAAUUUUUAUUUUUUCAUGUAAUUUCAAUUAAACAGUUCAUUAAUUUUCUAUCGAA